CCCAACCCAACUUCCUCUCUUCCAACAAACACUUGAAUUUAUUUUUCAAAACCCUACAGCAUCCAUCGUUCAUUAUCAUUUGAUUCUUUCAGUUUCAGUUACCCCCAUCUGGAGGGAGCCGAAUUAAUCAAUUCCCUCAAAUGGCGUUGACGAAUUUUAUACUGACUGUCGCCGGAGUGAGCGCCGUGGUGUUGCUGUUGAGAAGUGAUGUCAAACAAUCAGCUGCCAUAUUCCGCCGUAAUGUUCGCCAUAUCCGUAACUGGCUUGAAGAAGAGUCCGCGACCGCCGCUAAGGAAAUAGAGAAAGCAAAAUCAAAAGAGAUACCUGGCAAAGAUAUUCCUAAGGAAGACAAGCACUAGACCUUAUUCAUGUCCGGGAAACAGCAUAUUUUUUAAUUUUGGCCCUGCCCACAUUGUAAUUCUAUACAAUGCAUAUGGAAAAGCUCUUGCUGCUCAGUUCAGGAGUAUUUUGCUUUCGUCAAAUUCUGUUUCCUCUGUCACAGUCUGGUUCUUAUAAAUCUUGUUGCCUACUGUACAUCAAAUUCAAAAGUUGCUUCGUUUUCUUCGA